AUGGCCAAGGCAGCUACCCUUACGAUCGUUGAAGCAGAAAAUAUUGUCCCGGUUGGCUCCAUCGACCCCAAUGACGUUGACCUACCCGGAAUUUUCGUGGACCGAAUUGUCCCCGCCACUAGCGAGAAGCACAUUGAGAUUCUAAAGCUUCGCGAGGCCAAGACAGAAGGCUCAGAAUCGCUGGCUCAAUCACCCGCCAUAACCGAGCGAAACCGAAUUGCAAAGAGAGCGGCCAAAGAGCUCAAACAAGGAUACUAUGUCAACCUGGGUGUUGGAAUUCCUACCCUCGCACCCUCAAUGUUGCCAGAGGGAGUCAAAGUAUGGAUUCAAUCAGAGAAUGGAAUUCUCGGAAUGGGUCCGUAUCCGACCGAAGAUGAGGUUGAUCCGGACAUCAUAAACGCUGGCAAAGAAACUGUAACACUCAUGCCGGGUGCGGCCACCUUUGACAGCACCGAGUCAUUCGGAAUGAUCCGAGGAGGACACGUCGAUGUAUCUAUCCUAGGCGCUCUGCAAGUGAGCGCCAACGGCGAUCUAGCGAACUACAUGAUCCCUGGAAAAGUGUUCAAGGGCAUGGGCGGGGCUAUGGACCUGAUAUCCAACCCCGACCAGACCAAGAUCGUCGUCGCCACCAGCCAUACCGCAAAGGAUGGUUCCCCCAAAAUCGUGUCCGAGUGCGCCCUUCCGCUGACUGGUGCAAACUGUGUUAGCACCAUCAUUACGGAACUGUGUGUCUUCCAGGUUAAUCGCAAGAAGGGUGAGCUCACUUUGACUGAGCUUGCUCCGGGCGUAGAGGUCGAGGAGAUCAAGGAGAAGACCGGGGCUCCGUUCCAUAUUGCGGAGCAACUGGCUGUUAUGGAGUGA